UUCAAUUUAAAAGAAUGAUAGAAUUAUAUAAAAGCAUUGAAGAUCCACUUACAAAAUUAGUUGCUGAAAACGGAAAGAAUAACGCAGAUAUUCUAUGUCCAAAAGAAAAUUGUAAUUGCGUCAUUCUGAGAAAGAAUACUGCAUCUUUGGUUGAAAGGGACGGCUCAAAACUCGCUUUACCAGAAUCAGCCUUACCAGCAAAUACAUUAUUAAACGCUGAUGAUGAUACACAUUUUUGGCAUGUGAGUAAUAUGAUGGAUUUUGAAAAUGUUGGCUUCUCAACUACCAUGGGUACAACAAAAUAUUUAUCUUGUGCUGAUUGUGACCUUGGGCCUAUUGGUUAUCAUGAUACAACUAAUCCAAAAGAAUUUGUUGUUAGCAUUAAAAGAGCGAGAUAUAGAUUUUAGAAUAUAAUACAAAAUAUGAAUGUUUUAUUUAUACAUGAAAAAAAAAAGG